AUGAUCCACAAGGUACAUGUAAGUCACAAUGGCAUCGAAUCGACAUUGAAGCUUGCACGGGAAAACAUCUUCUGGCCAGGUAUGAGCGCGCAAAUUACGGAUGUGGUGAAGGAAUGUUCGAUCUGCGCAAAAUUUGCUCCGAGUCAGCAGAAACCUCCUAUGCAGAGUCAUGCUAUCCCAAUUUACCCUUGGCAGAUAGUCUCGAUGGAUGUAUUUUUUGCAUUCUAUCAAGGCAAGAAACACCAGUUCCUCGUAACAGUCGACCAUUACUCGGACUACAUGGAGCUAGAUGGUCUCAAGGAUAUGUCCGCCAAAACUUUAUCUGAAACCUGUAAAAGAAAUUUCUCUCGCCACGGAAUACCACAGAUCGUCAACACCGACAACGGAACCAAUUUCGUGAACGAGGAGAUGAAGAAUAUGGCUAUCAAGUGGAACUUCAAGCAUUCGACAUCGUCUCCUCAUCAUCAACAAAGCAACGGAAAGGCGGAAGCAGCAGUCAAGAUCGCGAAGCGGUUACUUCAGACGGCAGAUGAAACGGGUCAGGAUAUUUGGUACGUACUGCUCCAUUGGCGGAAUAUUCCAAACAAGAUUGGAAGCAGCCCAUCCCACGUCAAAACACGUAACUUACCUGUAUUGCAAACGGGUUCACCAGUUUACAUCCAAGCUCAUCCCGAAAGCAAUAAAUUAUGGACUCCAGCCGUUGUACAUGAGAAGCUGAACGAUCGCUCUUAUGUGGUGGGCGCGAACGGUUCCUUCAACCGAAGAGACCUGGUAAACAUAAAGCCGCGUAAAGAACCAGCAACAAGCUCUCUUGAUCCGAAUCCAGAACGUUCACAACAGGACAAACAGCAUACCAUUUUGAGAACACAGUUUGAACCACAAGUAACUAAUGGGAUGGAAAUCGUCGAAAAAGCAACACCAUUGACAACUGUCAUGCGAGCUGAUGAUGCACUCGCUGAUGCACCGACACCAUUGCGUGGAAAUGACAGUAGGGAUAAGUCAGUUAGGCCGACUGAAAUCAGCACACCCAAGAAGAACACAGAUGCGACGAACAGACCAAAACGUGAGAGAAAAUUGCCAAGCAAAUAUGAUGAGUUUGUCAUGGAAAAUUAA